AUGUCAGCUCGUCCUUGUCUUCAUUUUACACCGCCAGAGGGAUUUAUGAACGAUCCCAAUGGUCUUGUGCAGUCCAAUGGAUUAUGGCACUUGUUUUACCAGUGGAAUCCAACCGGAAUGGAAGCAGGAAAUCAACAUUGGGGCCACGCUAUUAGCAGAAAUCUGUAUAAUUGGAACUAUCUUCCUGUAGCACUUUUACCCAAUGAGGACGGAGGCCUCAUGUUCAGCGGAAGCGCUGUUGUUGAUAAAAGCAAUACUACCGGGUUUUUCAAAGAUUCACAGGGAAGGAUUCCUACAAACACUGAUGGUCGUAUCGUUCUUAUUUACUCGACUCAUUACGAUGACCGCGAGACUCAAAAUAUAGCGUAUAGUCCCGACGGAGGCAUCACAUUUAUUAAGUAUGAAAACAAUCCUGUUAUUGAUCUCAAUGAGUCUCAGUUCCGCGACCCUAAAGUUUUUUGGCAUGAAGAGACAAAUCAUUGGGUCAUGGUCGUUGCACUCGCUCAAAAGUUUCGCAUAGCUAUUUUCCGUUCCCCUAACCUGAAAAACUGGGAAAAGGUUUCCGAAUUUGGUCCAGCCGGCUUCACUGGUUACCAGUAUGAAUGUCCUGAUCUUUUCCGCCUCCCUAUUGAGAAUACGGAAGACCAUCGUUGGGUUAUGGUUGUAUCCAUUAAUCCUGGAUCCCCUAUGAGCGGAGGAUCUGUCACCCAGUACUUUAUUGGCGACUUUGAUGGCAUUACCUUUACUCCUAUCGAUAACAUGGCUCGUAUCUUUGACUAUGGUAAUGACUGCUAUGCAGGUCAAACAUAUUCCAACGUCCUCAACGGUAAAGUGAUUUCCAUGAGUUGGGCUAGUAACUGGAAUUAUACGAAUGAUGCUCCUGCGAAAAAGUAUCGUGGAAUGUUGACGUGCCCUCGUGAACUUUCUCUUCGUUCUAUGCCUUUGAACCCUGAAACACAAGAGCUUGUUCUAGUUCAGCGUCCCUGUAACAUUGAAACUUUGAAGCAUCCUCUUUCCGAACCUGCUCCUUUAGCCUUGCAAACCGUUUCUGAAUUUCCUCCGACAUUUGUCUGUGGCACUAGAUUCUAUCUUUGCGCUACCAUGCCUGCCUCUGCAUCCGAAUCAGAAAAACUGGAAUUUCUGCGUCUGCGUUGGUCAGCAACUUCUGAUGUCCUUGAUAGCAAACAAUACAUCGAGAUUGGUUAUCGUUUUAGCGAUGGUGCUGUCUAUAUUGAUCGCGGUUCUUGUGAAGCAAGCUGGAAGAAUCCACUUUAUCCUGAACGUUGCAUUUCCAGCUUACCUCCCAUUGUUCUUGAAGAUAAACUAUUGGUGGAUUUGGGAAUUCUUAUGGACCAUUCUAUUGUUGAAGUUUAUGGGAAUCACGGAGGGAAGGUCUUUACGAACGCCUACUGCUUUUCAGAAGGAUCUGAAGAUUCUCCUCUUAAGUAUUAUCAUUUGGAGCUUCCUAAAGCUGCCAAAUUAGUCAAAGCUAAUAUGUUGCCUCUUUUCACAAGAGUUGCAAAGUAUUGUCGCAAAUGGAAAUUGGUAUAA